CGCCGCCGGGCCCCCUUCUCCUCCGCCCCGCCCCGCCAGCCUGGCCCGGGCCCGACGCCGCUCCGGGAGAAAUGCUGCCUAUCCAGUUGUGAAGUUCAAUGAUAACUGAGCCACUGCUAGUACACACAGCAUGGGAACAGCCAUCUCCACUGUCUUGGCCAUCAUCCAUAUGGAUUGCUAGUACAAACCCAUCCGUUAUUGAGAUUGCAUGGAAAUACAGCUGAUAUUAAUACUCUCGGAAGCAGCCAAGGCUAACAGGAUGUUUGGACGAUGAUGAUGGCAAGGAAGCAAGAUGUCCGCAUUCCCACCUACAACAUCAGUGUGGUCGGCUUGUCUGGGACAGAGAAAGAGAAAGGGCAGUGUGGCAUUGGGAAAUCUUGCCUGUGCAAUCGGUUUGUACGACCCAGGGCAGAUGACUUCCAUUUGGACCACACUUCAGUUCUCAGUACCAGUGACUUUGGAGGAAGAGUGGUCAACAAUGAUCACUUCUUGUACUGGGGGGAUGUGGCACGUUCUCUGGAGGACUGUGUGGAAUGUAAAAUGCAUGUUGUGGAACAGACUGAAUUUAUUGAUGACCAGACUUUUCAGCCUCACCGCAGCACAGCCCUGCAGCCCUAUAUCAAAAGGGCAGCUGCGACCAAACUUGCAUCGGCUGAAAAGCUCAUGUACUUUUGCACUGAUCAGCUUGGGCUGGAGCAAGACUUUGAACAGAAGCAGAUGCCGGAUGGGAAGCUGUUGAUCGAUGGUUUUCUUCUCUGCAUUGAUGUCAGCCGGGGUAUGAACAGGAACUUUGAUGAUCAGCUCAAGUUUGUUUCAAACCUAUACAAUCAACUCACAAAAACAAAAAAGCCCACUGUGGUAGUUCUAACAAAGUGUGACGAAGGGGUAGAGCGGUACAUUAGAGAUGCACACACUUUUGCCUUAAGCAAAAAGAAUCUCCAGGUGGUAGAGACGUCUGCCAGAUCCAAUGUGAACGUUGACUUGGCUUUCAGCACUUUAGUGCAGUUGAUAGACAAAAGCAGGGGGAAGACUAAAAUUAUCCCUUACUUUGAGGCUUUGAAGCAGCAAAGCCAACAGAUUGCUGCUGCAAAAGAUAAGUAUGAGUGGCUGGUGAGCCGCAUUGUUAAAAACCACAAUGAGACUUGGUUAAAUGUCUCACGGAAGAUGCAGUCCUCUCCAGAGUACCAGGAUUAUGUCUAUCUGGAAGGGACACCAAAAGCCAAGAAGCUCUUCUUGCAACAUAUUCAUCGCCUUAAACAAGAACAUAUAGAGCGCCGGAGAAAAAUGUAUCUUGCUGCUUUGCCUCUUGCUUUUGAAGCCCUUAUUCCAGACUUGGAUGAUAUAAACCAUUUGAGCUGCAUAAAAGUGGAGAAGCUGUUGGAGUCUAAGCCAGACUUCUUAAAGUGGUUUGUUGUUCUUGAGGAGACUCCCUGGGAUGCUACCAACCACAUAGACAACAUGGAGAAUGAACGCAUUCCAUUUGACCUGAUGGAGACUUUGCCUGCACAGCAGCUCUAUGAGGCCCAUCUAGAGAAGCUGAGGAAUGAGAGGAAAAGGGCAGAAAUGAGAAGGGCUUUCAAAGAGAAUUUGGAGACGUCCCCUUUCAUAACGCCAGGAAAACCUUGGGAGGAGGCUCGUAGUUUCAUUAUGAAUGAAGAUUUUUAUAUGUGGCUUGAAGAGUCUGUGUACAUGGAUAUUUACAGUAGACAUCAAAAGCAGAUUAUAGAGAAGGCCAAGGAAGAGUUUCAGGAGCUGCUUCUAGAAUACUCAGAACUGUUCUAUGAGCUGGAGCUUGAUGCCAAACCCAGCAAAGAGAAAAUGGGUGUCAUCCAGGAUGUGUUGGGCGAAGAACAAAGAUUUAAAGCACUACAAAAGCUACAAGCUGAACGAGAUGCCCUGAUCUUGAAACACAUUCAUUUUGUGUAUCACCCUACAAAGGAAACCUGCCCCAGCUGUCCAGCUUGCAUAGAUGCUAAAAUUGAGCACUUGAUAAGUUCCAGGUUUAUAAGGCCUUCUGAUCGCAAUCAGAAAAACUUACUUUCUGAUUCCAAUAUAGAUAGAAUCAACCUAGUAAUUCUUGGUAAAGAUGGACUCGCACGUGAGUUAGCAAAUGAGAUUCGAGCUCUUUGCACAAAUGAUGACAAGUAUGUGAUAGAUGGGAAAAUGUAUGAGCUCUCCUUGAGACCGAUAGAAGGUAAUGUCAGGCUUCCUGUGAAUUCUUUCCAGACACCAACAUUUCAGCCUCAUGGUUGCCUCUGUCUCUAUAACUCCAAGGAAUCUCUGUCUUAUGUAGUUGAAAGUAUUGAAAAGAGUAGGGAGUCGACUCUUGGUCGAAGGGACAACCACUUAGUUCAUCUUCCUCUGACUCUCAUUCUGGUGAACAAGAGAGGCGAUACCAGUGGAGAAACAUUGCACAGCUUAAUACAACAAGGACAGCAGAUUGCCAGUAAGCUUCAGUGUGUCUUCCUCGACCCUGCUUCUGCUGGCAUUGGCUAUGGGCGUAAUAUUAAUGAAAAGCAAAUCAGUCAAGUUCUGAAAGGCUUGCUAGACUCGAAGCGCAACUUAAAUCUUAUGAGCUCAACAGCAAGUAUUAAAGAUCUGGCCGACAUUGAUCUUCGGAUAGUCAUGUGUUUGUUGUGCGGAGAUCCUUUCAGUGCAGAUGAUAUACUCCUCCCUAUUCUUCAGUCCCAAACCUGUAGGCCUUCCCAUUGUGGAAGCAGUAAUUCUGUGUUACUUGAAUAUCCCAUAGGACCACACAAGAGACGUAUAGAACUCUUCUUGCUUUCAUACCAUUCCUCAUUUAGCAUUAGGAAAAGCUGGUUAGUCCAUGGCUAUGUUUUGUUUUAUUCGGCUAAACGUAAAGCAUCUCUGGCUAUGUUACGUGCCUUUCUUUCUGAAGUGCAGGAUAUUAUCCCUGUUCAAAUAGUGGCACUCACAGAGGGCUCGAUAGAUGUUCUAGACAAUGAUUUAAGUAGAGAACAGUUAACUGAAGGAGAAGAAAUUGCCCAGGAUAUAGAAGGAAAGUUUACCACUAUCCCUAGUAGUCAGCCUCAACAUAAACUAGAAAUUUUCCACCUGUUUUUCAAAGAUGUUGUGGAGAGAAAAAACAUAAUUGAAGCCACCCACAUGUAUGAUAAUGCUGCUGAAGCCUGCAGCACAACGGAAGAAGUGUUUAAUUCCCCCCGGGCCGGCUCACCUCUCUGCAAUUCAAACCUUCAGGAUUCAGAAGAAGAUAUUGAGCCUCCAACCUACAGCCCUUUCAGAGAGGACACAUCGCUGCCCAGUUUGUCCAAAGAUCUUUCUAAACUUUCCAUGGAAUUGGAGGGGAAUGAUGGUCUGUCUGUCUUUUCUGUUAUGAGCACUUUUGAAAGCAAACUGAACAACAAAGUACCUCCACCAGUGAAACCAAAGCCCCCUGUCCAUUUUGAUAUUACAAAGGGGGAUCUUUCUUACUUGGAGCAAGGGCAUAGGGAUGGCCAGAGGAAGUCUGUGUCUUCUAGUAGUUGGCCUCCUACAGAUGGCUUUGACCCUUCAGACUAUGCAGAGCCCAUGGAUGCAGUAGUAAAACCAAGGAACGAGGAGGAAAACAUCUACUCGGUGCCACACGACAGCACCCAAGGCAAAAUCAUCACCAUUCGAAACAUCAACAAAACCCAAUCCAAUGGAAGCGGUAAUGGGUCAGACAGUGAAAUGGACACAAGCUCCUUAGAACGUGGCCGCAAGGUGUCUAUCAUUAGUAAACCAGUGUUGUACCGGACAAGAUGUGCAAGGCUUGGGAGAUUUGCCAGUUUCAGGACCAGUUUCAGUGUGGGCAGUGAUGAUGAAUUGGGGCCCAUUAGGAAGAAAGAGGAAGACCAGACAUCGCAAGGUUAUAAGGGAGAUAAUGCUGUAAUUCCAUAUGAGACUACUGAUGAAGACCCCAGGAAAAGGAACAUCCUGCGUAGCUUGAGGAGAACGACUAAGAAACCAAAGCCUAAGCCUCGGCCAUCUAUCACGAAGGCUACAUGGGAAAGCAGUUACUUUGGGGUGCCUUUGACCACUGUAGUGACACCAGAGAAACCAAUUCCCAUUUUUAUUGAGAGAUGUAUUGAGUACAUUGAAGCAACAGGGUUAAGUACAGAAGGUAUCUACCGGGUGAGUGGAAACAAGUCUGAGAUGGAAAGUUUACAACGGCAGUUUGAUCAAGAUCACAAUCUGGACCUUGUAGAGAAGGACUUCACUGUGAACGCUGUAGCUGGAGCCAUGAAGAGCUUCUUUUCAGAGUUGCCUGAACCCUUGGUACCUUACAACAUGCAGAUUGAACUGGUGGAGGCCCACAAGAUCAACGAUAGAGAGCAGAAGUUGCAUGCACUUAAAGAGGUGCUGAAAAAAUUUCCCAGGGAGAACUACGAGGUCUUCAAAUACGUUAUCUCUCAUUUGAACAAAGUGAGCCACAACAACAGAACCAAUUUGAUGACAAGUGAGAACCUCUCCAUUUGCUUCUGGCCUACUUUGAUGAGGCCUGACUUCAGUACCAUGGAUGCGCUAACUGCCACACGCAUUUAUCAGACAAUCAUAGAACUCUUCAUCCAGCAAUGCCCCUUCUUUUUCUACAAUCGCCCCAUCAUCGAGCCUUCUGGUGCCAUGCCCAGCUCUCCCUCUGCCAUUCCUGCCAGCACGCCUUUCCUGUCCUCCACACCUAUCAUGGCCCAGCCAUCCCCUCCACAGACUCCUCCUCCCUCGCCGCAGUCUCCUCUCCAGCCCCUUCUUCCACCCCAGCUUCAAGCUGAGCAGCACACACUGUGAACUUGGGUGCAGGAGAAAGCCGAAGUCUACUGCUGUUCUCACGUGCAGAACAGAGACUGGAAACUCAGCCUUGGCAUCGCUUGGCUCUCUCUCUCCCCAUUCCACUCUGUGGCCUGAUAGAGCAGCGGCAAGUUGAAGCAUUGGACAUGUGUGAAGCCUUGGUUCUGCCUCAGUGCCUGGUGCUGAAGGGCCUGCUGGAUCGAGGGCAGAGUAGGACCUUCCCCUGAACAGGGAAGAUACGGACCUCUCUCUUUCAGUGCUGGCUCCGUUCAAUCAAGAUCAAUUCCGACCCAAGCAAACCCGUGGGACUCAUGGGAACAUUGUCAAGUUCAGAGAAUGGAGUCUUAGUCUGUUGGCUUCAGAUGAGUAUUUGGGGAUCUCUCCUGUCCCUCCUUCUCUUUGGCCUGUGCAUGAACAGAGGGGUGCUGCUAGACAGGAGUAAGAGCUCCUCCCCAGCAACACAUUCCACAAGCUGUAAUUGAGGCCUCCCCUGCAGUGCUGGACAUCUCGACCAUCUUGCGGAGGACCAUAAUUUCAGCUCAGGCCCAAGUCGCACCAUCCCAGCCUAGCAGCUCAGAAGGUCUGGACCAACGCUUCUGAAAGAAAAGCGUUUUAUGUUUCAGCAAGGCUGGAAUGUAACUUUCUCUUGACUCUUAAAUAAUGGCCAAUCAAAGUGGGAAGGAAGCUCCCUCUUGAAAUGAACGAGGAACCCUAGAGAAAUGGGGCAUUCCCAUCAUGUGCUGGUUCAGCUGUUUUUAAUCUGGCAAGGUUGUGUGGGACUUUCGCUCCUUUUUACUUGUGCAGAGAAUUUGUGCAUGGCAGAGUUUCCCUGGUGGGCGGUGGGGUGGGGUGGGGUGGGGCGGGGGUUUGAGGGAGUCCAGGUUUGGUCUGGCAGGUUCUGCUGUCUUCAUUUGACAAAUUGCAACAUAUCUGUGGUUACCCUUCCUCCUCCUCCCUCCGAUCAGAAUAUUGGUGUUAGCACUUAACAGAGGAGAAAGAAGAGAGACAAGUAUGUGUGUGUGCGCAUGUGCAAAUUUUACAAAGUCAAGGCUUUCUUGUCUGACAUGAAAUUUCAGUCCUUUGGCACACAGCGUGUUGGCAAAGAAACUGUUGUUGUUUUGUGUGUGUGUGUGAGGGAGGCACAGACAUGGGGUUAGAAGCAAGCAAAGUGGCUUUAACCACAGCUUUUUCGAAAAUGUUGCCAGUGUUUCAAAGUGUAAAACAUGAUGCUGGAAUUAAAUGAAGUGUGAGCCUGUAACUUCUUCCCCCACCCAGUCCUUAGUUGGAGAAGAUGGGACCAGAAGAAGAGCACAGCAGAACUGUUUUGAAAGCCUCUUGUAACCUUGUCACUGUGGUCUUCUGGAGCAGAUGAGUAAGUAAGUGUUUUGGAGGCCCAGAACGUAGCUGGAUAUACUUGUUAAAAAGGAACACACACACCUUGUUACCUCUCUCCCCCCCCCCAUCUUCUCAUCUGAUGUUUCUGACCAUUUCAUGCCAGACCUGAAAAUGGCCUAUGGGCAUCAGGGAAGAUGAUUCCCAAUCCAGUCUCACAUUGGGCUGCUCAGGGCAUGAAUUCUCACAUGACACCUGUGACAUUGGAGGAGGCUUGGAAAGUGACUAGAUUUCAUGGGAGGCUAAAUUUGGUGGCAGCUUGCUAAAAACUUUGAGGCCAAAUCUUAACUGCUAGGAUUACCUGCCAUGCCAGCACCACUGGAAAUGAUCAGUGUGUUAACAAAUGCGGCAUGUGAGCCUUGUUUAUAUACUGUUCCUGAGCAUCUUCUAAGCACCCUCCUUCCACUCUCUUUCCAUUCAGCCUACAUGCUGACACUUGUGCAUGCAGAGAAGUCUGUGCUCUGGCUCAAUUAUUUGGUGUUCCCGUGCACAGUGCACUUGUCUCUUCCCCUUUACCUACACUUGAAGCCACUGUAUGUUCCUAUCAGCCUCUUUAAUCUGUGGUCUUCCCCCUUGUUUCCUAGGCCGGGCUCUUGUUUGUCAUGAAGUACACUUGGCUGUGCUGCCUACCUUACCUGGGCUUGUUUCCUUACGUAUUGUGUUGGGUUCCUGUACAGGGAAGAGCUAGAAGUGAACCACUAGGAGAGCCAGGUGAUAUUUCUUCCAUGCAGACACCAUGUAACUAAAUGGUGGCUGUAUGGCAGCAGUGCCCUAUGUGUGUGAAAGAGAGAGAAUGAGGGGGAAAGGAAGGAAGGGGUAAGGUCUGCACCGUCUUGAUAGCAGGGCAAUUCUAACCAGAGUUUCCACGGUACCACUAGGAAGACACAAGGGAGUAAUCCCUAUGCUAUCCUUUCUGUCUCUUCGCACUUUAAAGGAGAACCUGUGGUUUAUUGCUGGUUUUGGCAUUUCAAGGAUGUUUGUGUUACACUGUGUUUGGGGGUGGGGGGGGGAUGGAGAAAACCCAAUCUUUUCCUAAAUCAAACUCUACCUUCAACUCUACCUUCAUUCUGCUCUUUUCUGGGAUUUAAGAGCCCAGUCUUCAGCAAGCUGACUCUCUCCUAUAAAUAAGCUGAAUUAUGUACUACUUUUACUUGAGAAUCACAUUUUAAAAAUUGUAUUGUGUCAGGAUCAUGUGCCUGAAAGCAUCCCUUGCAAGCACCCCCUCCCCCAGUUUUAUAUUCUCAUGUGUUAAAAAUUGAGCUUUUAUGUAAAUAACUGAAACACCUUUGGUUUAUUUGAGACUGUUAAAAGGAAGGUAGAAUAUCCCAGCUUCCUUCAGAGGAUUCAGACAGUAUCCCACAGGGGUAGGGGAGGAGAGGGAUAAUAAUAGGGCUGGAAAAAUUCCCCUCGGAUCUCCCACCUGACCAAAAUGAGGGUCACUUCUCCUGUGCUGAGGGGUCAUCUUGGACUAGUAUCCAUUGGGUUCCUGUGAGAAAGUGGUGUUGUUGUUUUCUGCUUGGGAUAGGGUACUUUUGUUUCUGCACGGUGUGCUUCUGUGCCUUCUCAAAGGGUCUGAUGGUAAGCAUCUCCCUCCAAAAGAUCUCUUACUAACAACUGUUGGGAUUUGGGGCUGUUUGCUGUUAUAACCUCUAUCUUGGAGAGGUUUAUUCAAUGCAGGACAUAGUUCUGUUUGCUGCUUGUCUGGAUCCUCUGCAACCUGAUGGCUUGUAGCCAUUCACACAAAGCGAUUGCUGCCAACUAACGUCCAGCUACUGUUGUGCUUUGGAGGCAGUGGUUCUUCCCUCCCCAUCACGCACCCACUCUGAAAACAGAACUUGGGUGGAUGGACAUAAAGCAUUGGUGCACGCUGGGCUGGUUCUCUUUAGCUGCCAAACUCUGUGGCCUUGUGAUUCUAACCUGAGUUUUUACGCUUGAAAGAGGAAGCGGACGUAGGGAGAGAUGUGUUUCUGUCUGGUCCUGCCUCAUUUCCUAGAUGCGGUGAGCUAAGAAAGUCUGCUCUGUAUGUAGAGUCGAAAAGUGGAUUUCCCCUUCCUAGUUCCUUAUGGGACUCUGGUAAUCUUUCAAGACAGCUGGAGAAAUUAGGUUCAUCAUUGGGACUAGCAGGGAAGGUGUGCCAGCAUAUUGUGGGUGCAUAGCAGAAGUUGCAUGUGCUCGUGACCAUUCCUUAUUUUGCAUUAGGUGACUUCUGGUGCCCACUUUGAAUGAGUAAAUCUCAUUCCCCCUUCUCCUUUCCCACAAGGAAAAAAAGUUAAACUACCUAAAUCUCCUCAGUUACUAGGGGAUCCUUGAGGCUAGGCACUACAUGCUAAAGGGGUUGAUAUCUCCACACCUUGCCUCACUGGCACACCAUUGUCUUGUUUACAAUGUCCGCACAGAUCUGACAUCAGAUCUGACAUCACUUACAUGCUGCCCAAAUGUUCCUUGUCCACAGUUGAGAUAAGAAAUCCAGACAACUGUGUGGGGUGUCAUAUAGAUUGGGGUUGGGGAAUCCAUGUCACUGAAGAAUGAAGAACACAAAAGAGUCCAGCUACACUCUGGCUUUCUUUGCAGAAAGCUCUGUCCCUCCAUGCUGGCAUCUUUGACAUCCAUGGAAGGAGCAGAAUGCUUGUUCAUUUGCACAGAUUGGACCAUUUUCUCUGGGGCAUUCUCAUAGAACCCUGUGAGAUCUGCUGCAUCUUUCCUUUACUGGAAUCACACUGGGCUUUGCUACUCUGUGGAGGUGUUUAUGUUGUGAGGUGCACAGCAAAUCUGUGUCACUCGCCUUUCUUUUGAAAAUAACACUAAAUCGAUCCGUUCCUAUAUUUUGAACACAACCGAGAUGUCAAGGCUUUCAAGAUGGCAACCUGUUUCUUGACAGAACUGAUUUGCCAGCUGACACACACAUGUGGUUUUGGACGGUUCCCUAGAGGGAGAGUUCUUGAUCUGGAUCCUUUCGAUGGCUCAGCAUCAGUCGUUCAAAGCCUGGCUUAGCUUUCUCUGACACCCCCUCCCCUUACUACGUCUGAUUUUCGUUUCUCAUUUGUCUUUCACCUAGCCUUUAGGAUGUGCUUUGGCCCACAGGCCAAGCGCAGUGACCGCCAGCAGCCCAGAAGCUCUGUCUGUCUGCCUGGACUGCAACUCCGUUCAGCUCAGUUAGUCUGCUGUACAAUUUCAGAGGAGGUUUGGGAUGAAGUGGCGGGGAUCCGUGCCCCGCACCACCUGUGUAAUAGGUCAUAGUUUACCUCUUAGGUUUAACUCUCCCGUUUUAUUUUAUUUUAUUUGUAAAAUUGAAAUGCAAUAGAAAUAUUGUAUUUUAAAUGUAGUUCCACGCAGGGCAUAAGUUAUUGUUUAAAUAAAAAAAAACAACCCCUCAUUAUUCCCCCCCCCAUGUACAUUAAAAAGAAGAAGAGCCCUGUCUGUCUCUCAAAUUGUAUGGGAAUAAAACUUGUCCUGAAAAGUUGGAUUUAGUUCUGCACUCAGCUUAUAUUCCCCUCCCUCCCCCGGUACUUGUAUUUUCACAUGUAAAAUGAUCUCUAUACAGUAUAUGUUGAAUUAACUUUUUUUUAAUUGAAGAAGAAGAAAACAUAAAUAUUAAUGGUCAUAAAAUGUUUUAGUAGUUCCAGCUAAGUAUGUGCCCAAAUCAUUCUUCAUGGAAGCGUACAAUUUUUUUCCCCUCCUGAAAGAUCUGUAUGUAAAGUAUAAUGUAUUCCUCUGUAUUUUUAGGAGCCUAACAACAUCCUUGCGUUAUUGGUGAUAGAAUAUGUUUCCUUUUUUAAAAUGCUUCUUUUAAAGGACAUUUUUAACAAUUUUGUGGUUCUCCCUUCUCCCGCCUUUCCUUUUCCGCUCCCCAUCCCAGGCCAAUCCAAUUAGUGCAUGAUAAUGUUGAAAGCUCUGGGCAAACAAAGAAGAAAAAAGCCCCUUUUCUGCUGAGUUUAAAAGGAAAAAAAAUCAUGUAUUUGCUACAGAGUAUUGUAUGUGUCUCAUUGGGAAUGGUGUAAAAACUUAAAGGCCUUACGUGAUAUGUAUCAUAGUUAAUAAAUCAAUCUUGUACAAAA